ACGAAGCCCUUGACUGUUUUUUUUUAUAAUAUAGACUGUGUGCGGUUACAGACUGUCUGUCUGUAAGAAAGAGGACCCUGUACCGCGUCUAGACGGCUUCUGGCUUUAAAGCAGAAAAAAAACCUGUCCUAGAAGUAAGACAUGACGUAAUGAGUCGUUCCGUUUGAGUCAGCGCUUUAAACGCUGGACAGAGUGCAGUUUUCUGUCACUAUGUUAGCUUAGCUACCAGUGUUUACCAGCUAGCAUGACAGCUAACUACUAACAUGUUCUCUCGCUCGUCAGCUCGAGACGUUUCACAAAUAUGGAGUAAACAUUUUUGGGUUAGAUCAGCAAGAAAUUGCUUGAACGCUAUUCGUCUCAGCUAGUCAUUUUUUUUUUUUGCCAUCAAAAAUAAGUCGUAAAUUGUGGACAGCAUUCCAAGACUGUAAAAUUAUACCCGGUGGUUUUGAAAAGUGGUUUCGGAUAGGCGUUGAGAAAGUGAAGACCGGACACUGUGGUCAUUCCUGCUGCCACAUCCGCUCAGCUGCUUCUUUUGUCGUUUGAGCCGCGAUCUCGUCCCUUGUCCCGACCUGCUGAAGCAUGCUGCAAAAAUGCAGUCUGUAAGCAGAAGAGAUGCUGGAGUGUGGGAACAAACCAGGAGCCUGCUCUACAAAAACCUCCUGAUCAAAUGGAGAACCAAGCAACAAAGUCUGCAGGAGUUGAUCCUUCCUCUGCUCCUAUUGGGCCUUCUCAUACUCAUCAGUAUGCUGAACCCCCAUAUCUCUUAUGCCAGCAUCAGUACUACUGAACUUGAUGAAAUGGAGUAUAUGCCUUUUAAAGGCCUGGGCUACACCCCCGUAACAAAUGUCACAAGUCAGAUUAUGGAAGAGGUGGCACAAGAGCUACACAUGCAGGAUCGAUUGGAGAUGUUCUCAAGUGAAGAAGACCUAGAGAAUGCCAGUCUGUAUGAGCCACUUUACUAUGUGGGUGUGGUGUUCCUUGAUAAAAUGUCCUACCAGCUACGUUUCCCCUACAACCAGGUCCCCCUGCCUAGUGACUUCACUGAGUCAAUUGCAAACUGUUAUGCCAAUAAUUUAAACUGCCGGGCAGCAAAUUACUGGUACUCCGGGUUCAUACGCCUGCAGUCACUGAUUGACGCUGCCAUCAUCCAGAUGCAGACUAAACGUUCAGUGUGGAGAGAGCUCGGUAAACAUGUGGUAAUGAUGGGUCACCCAGGCUCAGUGGAGGUCCAGAAGUUUCCCCAUGCACUCAUCUCCAUCUAUCUAGUGCUGGCCUUCACGCCAUUUGUCUCCUUCCUCAUUGUCAAUGUAGCAGCUGAAAAAGAGCAUCGACUCAAAGACACCAUGAGCAUGAUGGGACUGUAUGAUACGGCAUUCUGGCUGUCAUGGGGUCUUCUUUAUGCUGCCCUGGUGACCACAAUGUCUGUUCUCAUGGCUAUUAUUGCCACAUGGACCCCUCUCUUCUCCAACAGCAAUUUCCUUAUUAUCUUCCUCCUUAUUUUCCUCUAUGGAAUAUCCACUAUCUUCUUCUCCUUCAUGCUGACUCCUUUGUUUAAGAAGCCCAAGUUUGCAAGUACAGUGGGCUCCAUGCUGACCCUGGUGUUUGGUUCUCUGUCUCUGUUUACUGUGCUGAUGAGGGACUUUCCCCAGCUGGCUGUCUGGCUGCUCUGCCUGCUUUCUCCCAGCGCCUUCUCAAUUGGUAUUGCACAGGUGGUGUAUCUGGAGGCGCAGGAGGAUGGGGCAGUCUUCUCCACUCUGGCUAAUGGCCCUCAUCCUCUCUAUGUGCCACUGCUUAUGCUUUGCUUGGACUGCAUCCUCUAUUUGCUGAUUGCCAUUUACCUAGAGCAGGUUCUGCCAGGUGAGUUUGGAAUGCGACGCUCUAUGAUCUACUUUCUGAAGCCUUCUUAUUGGUCAAGACGCAGAAAGCGCUAUGUGGAAGUAAGCUCUGUGUAUGAGGCAGAGGUGAAUGGAACUCCUUCUGCUGAUGAAUCGGUAGAGCCGGUUUCUCCUGAAUUUAGAGGCAAAGAAGCUAUCAGGAUCUGUAACAUCCGUAAAACUUAUAAAGGGAAAGAUAACACAGUGGAAGCACUGAGAGGUUUGACCUUUGACAUCUAUGAAGGCCAAAUUACAGCACUAUUGGGUCACAGUGGAGCAGGAAAAUCUACCCUCAUGAACAUCCUGUGUGGCAUUUGCCCUCCAACUGAAGGCUCUGCUACCAUAUAUGGCUCCCCGGUGGCAGAAAUAGCAGAUGGUGCUGAGAUGAAGCAGCUUGUGGGGAUCUGCCCUCAGUUCAACAUCAUCUUCGACGUGCUGACUGUAGAGGAGCACCUGAAGAUUUUUGCAGCGAUUAAAGGCAUUCUGCCCUGUGACAUUGAUAAUGAGGUUAAGAAAGUUUUGAAGGCUCUGGACCUGGAGAAGAUCAUGGAUGCACCGGCCAAGAACCUGAGUGGAGGUCAGAAGAGGAAGCUGUCUGUUGGCAUUGCAAUUCUUGGAGACCCCAAGAUCCUGCUUCUGGAUGAACCUACAGCUGGUAUGGACCCAGUAUCACGUCACCAGGUGUGGUCAUUACUGAAGAGUCGCAGAGCAGGCAGAGUUACUGUCCUUAGCACACACUAUAUGGAUGAAGCGGACAUACUGGCAGAUCGUAAGGCAGUUAUCUCUCAGGGCCAGCUGAAAUGUGUGGGUUCUUCUCUCUACCUCAAAACCAAAUGUGGUGUUGGCUACCACCUUAGGAUGUCUGUGACUGAAACCUGUGAGGUAGACAGCCUCACAUCACUGGUCAAGCAGCAUGUUUCGAAGGCUGAGUUGUCAAGGCAACAAGAAGCUGAACUCACAUUUACGUUGCCUUUUGAGAGCAUGGAAACAUUUCCAGGGCUUUUUGCCAAGCUCGACAGUAGAUCUGACUUGGGCAUCAUUAACUAUGGUGUUUCCAUGACAACAUUAGAGGAUGUCUUUCUGCGUUUGGAGGCGGAAGCAGAAGUGGACCAGGCAGACUACAGUGUGUUUAACCAGGAGAAGGUAGAAGAAGGAGGCGAUGCCUCCUGUCUGGAAGAUGUGGACCAAAGGCUGCUGACCUUCUCAGAGAGCAGGCAUAAUGCAGUGACAGGCCACACCCUCUGGAGGCAGCAGUUUAGCACAGUAGCCUGGCUCCAUAUGCUCAACCUUCAGAGGGAGAAGAAACCCAUUAUAUACAAUGUGACACUGUUCCUGGUCUUCUUGACUUCAGUGCUGGUUCUGUCACUGGCUACAGGGAAUAUUCAGAUCCACUCCCCUGAGAGACAGUUCCAGCCUAUUUAUCUGCUCCGCAGCCAUGAAGCCCCACGCAAAUAUGCCACCAGCUUGCUUGUGCACAACUCCUCUGACUCAGAUAUAUCAGGCUUCAUUCAUAACCUGGAGUCUCAGGACAUUAAGGUGGAAAUAAUGAAAAAACCGGACUUUAUGUCUGCUGCACCUCACAGUGCUGCCAUCCAAGUAACAGGUUCCAGUAAGGAUUUUAAGUACAUUGUAGCCUUUAACAGUACCACAGUGCACUCUCUGCCGAUGGCAGUGAAUGUUCUGAGCAAUGCCAUCCUAAGAGGCUACAAUGGUACUGGUCACAUAAACACCUGGACCAAACCCUUUGACUAUCAAAUUCCAGAUUCAACAUCUUAUGCUCUAGUUUACAUUGAGGCAGUGAUACUGGGUAUGUUGGCAGCUGGAAUGCCAGCGUAUUUUGCAAUGGACCAUACACGAGAUCGAGAGAUAAAGUGUCGGUCAACACUGAGGAUCUCUGGUUUGGUGCCGUCAGCAUACUGGUGUGGGCAGGCAGCUGUAGAUAUCCCCUUCUACUACCUCAUCCUCAUCUGUAUGACGUGUACAUUGUUUGCAUUUCACUCCACGGACCUGCCUUCCAACAGCAAUGUAUUGGCUGUGAUUAUUUGUCUCAUUGGUUUCUGCCCAGCCACGAUCCUCUUCACAUAUUGUGUGUCAUUCAUGUUUACUAAAGUCCAGAGCAACAGAGACUUUUUCUCCGUCGUUUCUAUGAUGGUUUGUGUAGUGUCUGCCUCAAUAGUCCAGCUUGUCUUUGUGAAUGAUUAUCCUGGACUAACACGUUUCCUACAUAACGUGCUAUGUUUCUUCAACCCAUUAUAUCCUCUGAUGGGAUGCCUCAACUGCAUUACCAAGGCUACAUUCCUACGACCUUUCCAUGAGGAGUUCCUUUGGAAGAAUCUACUUAUUGCUGUUAUUGCUCCUUACUUCCAGUGCAUUUUGCUGCUUUUCUUGCUGCGGUGGCUAGAGAUUCGAUAUGGAGGCCUAACUAUGAAAAAUGACCAGCUGUGCAGGAUUUCAUGUAAAGCCAAGGGCAAAGUGCAGCGGAACCCAGAGGAGAAUAUUAAUGAGGACGAGGAUGUUAUGGUGGAGAAGGCUCGAGUGAGAGAGGCCCUCACCUGUCAGUGCUGUGAAGAGAAACCAGUAAUAGUGGUGAGUAACCUGAGGAAGGAGUACUUAGUGAAGAAAGAGGGAUUCUCCUUAAGUAAAAAAAGAAAAGUGGCUGCCAAGAACAUCUCCUUCUGUGUGAGGAAAGGUGAGGUCCUGGGGCUUCUGGGACCUAAUGGAGCAGGGAAGAGCACAAUUAUGCACAUGCUCUCAGGAGACACAACGUCCACUGCAGGACAAAUCUUGAUGGGAGACUAUGGGACAGAGUUCAGGCCAGUGGAUAACCCACUUGAGCAUGUAGGUUACUGCCCCCAGGUCAACCCAUUGUGGCCUAGGAUCACCCUACAGGAGCACCUCCAGAUCUAUGCUGCAAUUAAGGGUUUACACCACAAUGACGUACCAAACAUCAUCAGACGUGUGGUUAAUGCACUUGAGUUGAAGGAGCACCUUCAUAAACAGGCUAAAAGUCUGUCUGCAGGCCUUAAGAGGAAGUUGUGUUUUGCACUAAGCAUGCUGGGGAACCCUCAAAUUGUGCUCCUAGAUGAACCUUCCUCUGGAAUGGACCCCAAGUCUAAGCAGCGUAUGUGGAGAGCGAUGCGUGUGGCCUUUAAAAACAAACAGCGUGGCGCUAUAUUGACGACACACUACAUGGAGGAGGCAGAAGCUGUGUGUGACCGAGUGGCCAUCAUGGUUUCUGGCCAAUUACGGUGCAUUGGUUCCAUACAGCACCUAAAGGGUAAAUAUGGCCGAGGUUACAGUCUGGAGAUUAAACUCCGAGAAGAGCUCACAGGCCUCCAGCAGGUGGCUCUACUGCACAAGGAGAUACUAAGAAUCUUUCCUCAUGCUGCACGCCAGGAGAGUUUUGCCACAUUGAUGGUUUAUAAGAUUCCAAUGGAGGAUGUUAAAUCACUAGCCAAGGCUUUCUCUCAGUUAGAGACUGCUAAGCAGAACUUCACUUUUGAAGAAUACAACUUUUCCCAGUCUACCUUGGAGCAGGUUUUCAUGGAAUUCGCUAAAGAGCAGGAGAAUGAGGAGGAGGAAGUGGGCUCCCUCAGCACCACCUUCCAGUGGCAGCGGCUCCCGCAGGAUGGCAGAGCAUCUGUCAAUCAUUCUGAUAGCAUUGUCUACCAGUUGUGAGCCAGCCCUACCAUCUCUCUCUGCCUGUGUGUCUCACUCCAGAUAGUUGGUGCUCCGAUAUGUGGUGCCACUGCUGUGAGGGUCUACAGAUCCAUGGAGCUGGCACAGGCACUAACUCAACCAGCAUGACUGCAUUAUUCACGUCACAUAUCAUUGCUGAUUCCUAAGCUUGUGCUAGGGUUUUUAUUUUUUUUUUGAGACAGAGGAUUUAAUUUGUUGGAUUCCCACCCACUUAUUUAUUUUACUUAUUUUUGCUACUUAUUGGCCUUUGUGAACAGGUUUAUACCGUGUUCACUUGUGUCUCGAGCUUAUAUAUCAGCUGCUGGGUGAUGUCAUGCGUGUUUAAUCAAUCAAAGGGUCGGAAAACAAUGCAACAGAGGGAUGCCGCUGAAUCACUUUCCUACAUCAACACUAAAAAAGGUGCUUUUAGUUUUUGUAGCAACAGAUCUAAACUUUAGAUCUAUUGUGUAUAUACUCUUGUAUAUACUUUGUUCUUGGGGAUCUGAUGCAUAUGCUUGAACCUUCACAAGCACAGUGGGGCUGUGAAGUAUGAGAGGUUUUUUUUUUUUUUUCCUAGCUUCUGUCUCAGCCUUGAAGGUGUUUUUCUGGCUUUGUCAGUGUGACAGCACUGCUGAGACAUACCAGCAUGUGGAGACUUUGUUUCACAACCCCACCAUGAGGCAUGAGGAGUGUCCUCUGUCCCUGCUGCACCAGAGGAGAUCUUGGACUCCUUUUCCAACACCAGCACACGCUUCAGGCCCUCAGAGCAUUCAGCUGUCCAAAGACUGCCACCUGAUCAGUAGGCAUAGACCUGUACACACAAACACAUUGAAUGGCAAAUGAUUCACAAAUCGACGCCUUUUUUCCUUCAUUCAGUCUUUCUUUCAUUUUGUGCGUGUGUUUUUUUUUUUUACUUUUCUUUCGACCUUACUUACACCUUCCUGUUCCCGUGUAAAUGUCAUAAAUGAUUGAACAUAAGAUGUAGUUUCCCAUGCACUCCUCUUACAUGCAUGUAGCACUCCAGAUUUAUCAGAAUUGAAAACAUGGCCUAGAGGUGGUGGGGAAGUCUUUGAAGUCAGAAGACUCUCUUCCUUUCCUGUUUUAAUUAUUUAUCAUUACUUCUCAGCAAGUCCUUGAACGCAUGAUGGGACUAUUAUGUGUGUUAUUGAAAAAUGGGAUUGUGACAGUUGUUUUAUCCUACUUUUGUAGCAAAGAUUAAGAGCUUUAUGGUGGAGAGUUUGCUUUUUAAUGGACGGCGUUUAUUUUCACACAUUCCAAUCGUAUUCAGUUGUUUCAAAUUAUUUCCCCCUUUUGGACGAAUUAUAGUAUUCGAUAUUAACAUUAGUACUAUUAACAUUUGUUGAUUAAAGGUGUUCCGUGGUUGUUGCUUCUUUGCACACAGAAUAACAAAUACAGAUUCAACCACAAUCUAAAGAAGUUGGGUUUAUUUAUAAUUGUAAAAUGUAGAAUGAGCAGAUUAUAACAAGUAUGGAGUUUAGAGUUUGCAAUAAAGCAAUUCUGUGUCCAUGUCCUUAUGUUUCUUUAUGUAGUCCGUUACAGAGAGAUGUUUUCAUGCUUCAGAUAAGUGCAGUUCAUAAGUCUCAUCCUUCAGUUACCUCUUCUCCUUAAGUUUGCAGUUAGACUUGUCGUGCAGAGUGAUGGAUUUUUGCAUUUUCUUGUUUGGAAGAUGAAAUGCUCCAAUGAAAGAUGCCCAAAAUGAGUGGUAGG